CACACGGGCCACCUCCCAAACAUGCAUGAGGCUGACCCGUAUAUAAAGCCCAGGAGUACAUCAGGCUUCAGGAGAGCCGGACGAUCCGUCUUGACGAGGAAAAAGAAAAGAAGUAGACAUAAAAGGAGAUCAUUUAAGAGAGGAAAAAAAGAGUUGUGUGAUUUAUUUUUAAUAUUUUGGCCUCCCAGAGCUGGCACAGGAAGAAUCCGCGUCUCUCCGCCUCCUUCUUCCCUCCUUCUAUUCUCCUCCUCUGCCUUAUCCAGUACUUGCAACCAUCCAUGAGUGUGACCAACUCCUCCGCCUAUCGAUCGGAGCGCAGUUUCCACCAGACUUCGUCCUCAACCUCGUCCUCCUGCAACCCAUACAUGGAGAAGAGCCGGGGGCUGUUCGCUGAGGACUUUGGCUCCUUCAUGAGGCCUGGGAGCGACGCGUUGGGAUUUUCCAGUGGAUCUGGAAAUAUCAAAACUGUUGAUGAUUCGUACCAGUUCACAGUCGACGUGCAAGACUUCUCUCCAGAGGAUGUGAUCGUCACGACAUCUAACAAUCAGAUAGAAGUCCGCGCAGAAAAGUUGGCCCAGGAUGGUUCAGUCAUGAACACUUUCACCCACAAGUGCCAACUUCCCGAGGAUGUCGACCCCACCUCUGUGACAUCGUCCUUGGAUCCGGAGGGCACUCUGACAGUCCGAGCACGCAGACAGCCGGCCAAACAUGAGCUCGUACAGACCUUUCGCACCGAGAUCAAAAUCUAGAGACGGACCGACUUCCUCUGCACCAACCCUACGACUUCUUCUGUCUUUAAAGCUAACCCCUGUGUUUU